AUGGUUUUUUAUAUUUCAGGUGAAUCAAAAAAAUCAAAAGAUUAUGUAAUAACUAGAUCAAUUAGUUCAAAAAGAGAAUAUAUUGAUACUAGAAAAGAAAAUUUUAAAAUCAACAAAAACACAAAUAUUGAUAAAGUGGAAAGUAGCAAAAGUCUUAGUAAUUUUGCUAAUUUUAAAGAUGAUGUAAAUAAUUCUGAUGAUUUUGGUGUUUUAGUAAAACUAAAAGAAUUAAAUAAUAAACAAAAUAGUGUUCAACAAAUUAAAGAAUUACUAAAAAAGGAACAAAAAAAAAAAGAAAAGAAAGAUAGUGAAGGUAAAGUUGUGAGCAACAAAGAGAAAGAAGAUAUAUCAAAAAAAAAUAAAAAAAAAGAUAAAAAAGUUGAAUAUUUUAGUGAUAUAUCAUUUAAUGACAACGAAAAGUUUUUAAAUAAAGAGCGUGAUAAAGAAGUUAAAAAAAAUAAAGGGUCGAACGAAGAAGAAAAAAAAAAAGAAUACAAAAUGAGCAAUAAAAAAAGAGAAAUAAUUGAAGAAAAUGAAAAAAAGAAAAAAAAUGUUAUUAAUGAGUUUAAUAACAUGGAAAUAGAAAAAAAUAAAAGUGAUAACGAAGAAAAAGAAGAAAUAGAACAAAUAAAAGAACUUGAAGAAUUAGAAAAAGUAGAAAAAAGAAAAGAAAAAAAGUCAAACGAUGAUGCACAUAAAAUAAUGAAAAAAGAAGAAGAAAAAAAUAAACAGUAUGAAAAUAAAGUAAAAAAUGAAGAAAAAAAAGAAAAUAAUAAAAAACAAGAAAUUGAUAAAGAAAAAAUAAAAAAAAUAAAAACUCAUGAAAAUGAAAUUAGUGAAUAUGUUAAUGAAAAAGAUAGUAUAAGAAAAAAAGGAAAUGAUAAAAAAAGUGAAAAAGACAUAAAUGAAAAUGAAGAAGGAAUUGAUAAUAAUAAUCUGGAUAUUGAGAGUAAUAAAUAUGAAAGCGAUAUUGAAAAAGAAUCUAUUAAAUAUGAUGUGGAAAAUUUAGAGGAAGAAAAGAAGUUUCAAGACAUAAAUACGUAUUCACAUUAUAAAAACUCUAAUAAAGGAGGUAGAAUAUUAAGAAACUUAAAUAAAGGAAAUAAUUCAAAUGAUAAAAGAGCAAAUUCAAAUAAAAUGAUUAAAAAAACUUCAUAUGAUAAUUCAUUACCAAAUAAUACAACAUACAAUCGAAGAAAAAGAAAAUAUACCGAUGAAACAAAUAUAGAAUAUGAACAUAAUAAUAGUGGUAAUAAUAACAGUAACAAUAUUAAUAAUAAUAGUGAGAACAAUAUAAAUCAUAAUAAUAAUGAUAAUAAUUAUAAUAAUAAUGGUAAUAAUUAUAAUAUUAAUUAUAUGAAUAAUGAUAAUAAUUAUAAUAACGGUAAUAACAUAAAUACUAAUAACGAUAAUAAAAGUAGUAAUAUACUUCAUGAUAAUAAUAAUAAUUACGACAAUAUUAAUAAUAAUAAUAACAGUAGUAAUAUUCUUCAUGGCAAUAAUAAUAACAGUAAUAAUGCUUUUCAUGAUAAUAAUAAUAGUAAUAUAAUUAGUAACAACAAUAAUAAUAGUAGCAACACCCAUCGUGAGGAUAAUAAUUAUUACAGUAAUAAUGAUAAUGAUAUUAAUGGUAAUAAUAAUAAUAGUAAUAAUAAUGAUAAUAAUAAAUGUAAUAAUAAUAAUGAUUAUAAUAAUUAUAAUAGUAAGAGUAAUAAUAUAGAUAGUAAUAAUUAUAGUAGUAGUAAUAAUAAGAAUAAUAGUAACAAUAAUAAUGAUAAUACUUAUAAUAGUCAUAAUAAUAAUAAUAACAAUAUUGAUAAUAAAAAUGAUAAUAAUGAUAAUAAUAAUGAUACUAACAAUAGUAGUAAGUCUCCUACUAUUAAAAUAAAUGACAAAAUUGCAAACAGUAAAAGUAAUAUAAAAUCUAAAAAUAAUAGAAAUAAAAAGAAUAAAAAACCUAGUAAUAAAAUAAGCGCUAUUGUUAACGCAUCCAAAAAUAUAAAUAAAAAUAAUAUGAAAAAUGGAAAUUCUACAAAAAUAAAUUCAUCUAUUUCACAAAGCAAUGAAAAAAAGGUUAAUAUAGUAAAUGAGAAUUCAGAGGUUACAACUGUGCAAAAAUUGAAGAAUUCUUCGGGAGCCAAUCCUAAUAACCAAAAUAAUAGAACUACAACUACUAAUAGUAACGAUAAUAAUAAUUUUAAUAAUUAUAAUAAUUCUUCUAACAAUUAUCCUACUCGUUUUAAUGAAAAAUAUGAACACCAAGAGGAACCAGAACAAAAAAAAAGAAAGAAAAGAGUAACAGAAGAAGGUUCAAAAGAAAGUAGCAGAAUAAAUGUCGGGGAUAAUUACCAAGUACCAAGAUUACCAACUUUUUUUUUAUGUCGUUCCGAAUUAAUGUACAAGAAUUAUGAUACAAAUGACGAAUCUAAUGAUCAAGUUUGCUUAUCGUGUUCAGGUUUACCAUGUCAUUGUAGAGUUGGUGAAGCUACUUUAGUUUAUUCUCCUUUAAUGUUAGAAAGAGUAAGAGAAAGAUGCUUAAAAAACAGAGGAUAUCAUAAAUGUGUUAAAAAUGAAAUAGAAUUAUCUGCAUAUGUACAAGAGUGUGCAAAAAGCUGGAAAUCAAAUAUUGAUGAAUGGGUCCCUUUUUCACCUGAAUAUGCAUAUAAAUUGUUACAUUAUGCAAAUUAUGACCCACAUAAAGCUAUAAGUAUUAUGAACUCAUCAGAAUUUUCUUUCCGAAAAAUAAUGGAUCCACCAACAAGAAAAUAUCAGAAUAAAUGGAAACCAAAAGAUAAAAGGGAACAUAUUUCAAAAAAUCCGUUCCCAUCACCUUUAACUAUAAGAACUUACUUAUCAAAAAGACAUCAUAAUAGUGGAUAUCAUUUAAGAUAA